AUGUCUGUGCUGUCGGUGUCACGUGUGUACACGGACGUGUUGGCAACCAAGCCGCAAGCAUACUGGGAUUACGAAAACUUCAACAUCAAAUGGAAUUCGCAGGAUAAGUACGAGGUGAUCAAGAAACUCGGCAGAGGCAAGUACUCCGAGGUUUUUUUGGGAGUUGAUCUCACCAACGGUCAAAAAGUUGUGAUUAAAGUGUUGAAGCCGGUAAAAAGAAAGAAAAUCAAGCGAGAAGUGUCGAUUCUCAAGAACUUAGUGGGCGGGCCCAAUAUCAUUGCUCUUUUGGACGUUGUGCGAGAGCCCCAGCUGAAAACGCCGGCGUUCAUCUUCGAGCACGUUGACAACAUCGACUUUCGCACGUUGUACCCAACUUUUACCGACUACGAUAUUCGUUACUACAUGUACGAGCUUUUAAAAGCUCUUGACUGCUCUCACCUGAUGGGCAUCAUGCACAGAGAUGUGAAACCCCAUAACGUCAUGAUCUACCACGAAGCCAGGCAGUUGCGUCUCAUCGACUGGGGGUUGGCUGAAUACUACCAUCCGGGUACCGAGUAUAAUGUCAGAGUAGCAUCCAGGUACUUUAAGGGUCCUGAGUUGCUCGUGGACUUCCGCUUGUACGACUACUCGCUCGACAUGUGGUCGUACGGAUGCAUGCUUGCUUCGAUGGUGUUCAAAAAAGAUCCGUUUUUCCAUGGAAAGUCCAACACCGACCAGUUGGUGCAGAUUGUGAGAGUGCUAGGCUCCGACGACCUCCAUAGUUACCUUCAGAAGUACAAUUUGACACUUAGCGAGGAGUAUGAAGACUUGGGCUACUACAACCGUCGCCCAUGGAAACGGUUUAUUAACGAAAACAACCAGCACUUGGUGAGUGAGGAAUUCCUAGACUUCAUUGACAAGCUCUUACGUUACGACCACCAAGAGCGUCUCACCGCCAAGGAGGCCAUGGACCAUCCGUACUUUGAUCCUGUGCGUCACUGA